CUUCACAAAUCCCAAACACAACACAGUGAUUAGAUAUACAACUAGAAAAAUAAGUAUUGGCAGGAAAAAGCAAACAUUUCACUUACUCACAAAAACAAAAUGACAAAUUUACCCUAUGAAAUGGUGUAGCAAGGAAGACAAGGCAAGUUUGUUCCUUCAAGUACAGGUGAUGAAGGGAAGCUGUGAGAGAAAGAGACCAGAAGACCUCUACCUAGUCUGUUGCCUUUUCAAUUGAACACACAUCCUGAACUGAGUGAGACGAAAGGAGGAAUAUGAGUGCAAAUUAAUAUCUUAUUAGACAAGAGUUAGUGGCUGAUGAGUUUAAUGGCUGGCCCUGUCAAGAAUGAGGCUUCUUCACAUCAUCAUCAUCAUCAGUAUUGUGAGUGGAAGGCGGAGGAGGAGGAUGGGGCGUCGCGCGGUGACGGCGGCUGCAGUGACCGUGGCCUGGUGCGCUGCCACGGUCAUGUGCCGCGUCCUCCUGACAGACUCACCCCUCGCCCGCACCCCGAGGGACGCCCACACCUGGCACACCAACAGCCUGAGUCGCGGGCGGGAGGACAGGCAGGGAGGGGAGAGGGGAGGUCACUUAGCGGGCCAGCAAGCGGACAACACCCCCGAUGAUGUGUACGGAAGUGUGGGCAAGGUGGACACUGAGAGGACGCUCCUGAGGGAGUGGAUUGAGGACCCUGAAGUAACACCUGGGCUCUUUCAAGGGGACAUGAUGAUCUCCUCCCCGGAUCUGCUCCCCAUGAGCACCCGAGUGGCCGUCAACUGGGACAAGUUUCCUGAGCGUCGCUGGGGCAAUGCCACGGUGCCCUACGUCAUCAGCAAACUCUACGGCACCAGUGAGAGGAAGAUGAUCAUGCUGGCCCUCCACUCUCUGGACUUCCUCACCUGCAUCAAGUUUGUGCCAUGGGAUGAAGUGACAAAAGACUACCUCCUCAUCUGGCCCAUGGAGAGACCAAAAGGGUGCUGGUCUUUUGUUGGGAAGAGAGGUGGCCAGCAGGUUGUGUCCCUCCAGGCACCAGAUGAGUAUUCCAAGCGGUGCUUCAUCUCAUUAGGGAAGGUCAUCCAUGAGUUGCUCCAUGCCCUAGGAAUGUUCCACGAGCAGUCACGCCCAGACCGGGAUGAGCACAUCGACAUCAUCACCGAGAACAUCAUCCCUGCAGAUUACAUCGGUAACUUCAGGAAGCAGAGUGCAGACAACACCACUUUCCCCUUCAGGUACGACUACAACUCUGUCAUGCACUACGGCAGCAACUUCUUCAGUUUUAAUUUGAACAAGCCAACCAUUGUACCGAAGGUGAAGGGGGCCAAGAUUGGACAGCGCAUCAUGAUGAGCAAACUGGACUGCCUCAAGCUCAAUGAACUAUACGGCUGCCUUGACAAUCCCUUCAACAAGGAAAAGUACACUGCCUUGUGCACAUAUUUGGGUUACUGACAUUUUUUAUAUUAUUUAUUAUUCUAUGGGUAUUUAUUUUGGGGGGCAUUGUGUGAAGUGUGUUUAUACCUGAAAAUAUAUAUAUAGAAAUAUC